CUGGAUUCAGAGGGAUUUGCUUCCCUUGGGCUCUGCAUACAUCUCUUCUUCUUUUUUUUGCAUUGCAACUACUGGGCUUGAUAAUUUUCUCUGCUACUCAUUCGACUCUGUCACAGUGAUGUCUCUCCAGGCCGUCUUCAAGACCUCCAAAGGGAGCCGAAAAGGCUACAGCUCAUGCUCUGUUAUUGGCGGUGGCGGCGGCGGUGGAGGAAGUAGAGUUACUUAUUCUUCAUCAUGCAGGGGAAUUGGUGGUGGUGUUAGAGGCCAAUAUGGCAGCAGGAGCCUACAUAACUAUGGUAGUCGAGGAUCAAGGAUUUCCUAUGGACGAUGCUAUGGUGGUGGCAGCUAUGGUGGUGGCGGCAGCUAUGGUUAUGGUGGUGGUUAUGGUGGUGGCUAUGGUGGUGGGGUCUGUGGUGGAUAUGGUGGUGGAGGAACAGGUGGUGUAGGAAUAGGCGGUGGUUGGGGUGGUCCUUUUGGUGGAGGAUCAGGUGGUGGUCCUUUUGGUGGAGGAUCAGGUGGUGGUCCUUUCGGUGGAAUUGGGGGCGGUCCUUUUGGUGGAGGGGUUGGUCCUGGUGGCAGUAGAGGCAUUGGCACUGUUGAAAUAGACCCAAGUCUUCUGCAACCAGUCCAUGUAGACAUUGACCCCCAGAUCCAGCAAGUGAAAACUCAGGAGAAAGAGCAGAUCAAGACUCUCAACAAUCAAUUUGCUAGCUUCAUUGACAAGGUCCGCUUUCUAGAGCAACAAAACAAGGUUUUGCAAACCAAAUGGCAGAUCCUUCAACAACAGACCCAGGGACGAGGCCCACAGCAGAACCUGGAGCCUGAGUUCCAGCAAUUCAUGAAUAACCUGAGAAACCAAAUAGAGCGAAUCCGUAGCCAGAAGGCCCAGCUGGUAUCAGAACUUCAGAAUAUGCAGCAGUAUGUGGAAGAAUACAAGAACAAGUAUGAAGAGGAGAUCAACAGGCGCACCACUGCUGAGAAUGAAUUUGUGGUGCUGAAAAAGGAUGUGGAUUGUGCCUACAUGACCAAGGUUGACUUGGAAGGCAAAGUUAAUGCUUUGGCUGAACAGAUUGCCUUCUUGAGAAGAAUAUUUGAGCUGGAACUUUCUCAGAUUCAAACAAUAAGUCAUGACACCUCAGUUGUCGUGAGCAUGGAUAACAAUACCCACUUUGACUUGGAAGGCAUCAUUGAUGAAGUACGAGCCCAAUAUGAGGAGAUUGCCCGGAGCAGCCGAGCAGAGGCUGAAACUUGGUACCAUACCCAAUAUGAAGCUCUGCAGAACACAGCUGGAAGACACGGGGACAAUCUGCGCAACACCAGGCAGGAGAUCCAAGAGCUGACUAGGAACAUCCAGAGACUGCGUACUGAAAUUGAGCAUGUCAAGAAGCAGUGUGCUCAACUGCAGUCGGCCAUUGCUGAAGCUGAGGAGCGUGGCGAGCUGGCCCUCCGGGAUGCUAAACAAAAACUGGAGAGUUUGGAAUGUGCCCUGACAAAGGACAAGGAAGAGUUGGCUCGCCUAUUGAAGGAGUACCAAGACCUACUGAAUGUCAAACUUGCUCUGGACAUUGAGAUAGCUAUGUACAGAAAACUACUGGAAGGAGAAGAGAGCAGGCUGUGUGGCCAAGGAUCCCAAGUCCAUGUCUCUGUGAGAAGUACCCAAUAUGGCAGUAGUGUUGGUGGAAUUGGCGGCGGCAUUGGCGGCAGCAUGGGCGGCGGCAUUGGCGGCGGCAUGGGCGGAGGUGGCAUCAGCGUUGGUGGCAUGGGAGGUGGCAUCAGCGGUGGCAGCAUUGUCAGUGGAGGUUGUGUCUAUGGAGGUGGAAGCGGAGGCUACGGAGGUGGAAGCGGAGGCUACGGAGGUGUGAUUAUCGGAGGAGGUGGCUCCGGAGGCUCCUGUGUAGGCGGCGGCGGAUACUCACGUGGUUCAGGAUCCGGUUCCAGCACAAUCAUCAGGAGAACCACCACAACCUGCUCAUCCUCCAAGUCAGGCGGAAGGUAUUAAGUGUCCCAGCAGCUCCCCAAAAGGAAAGAAACAUCUUCUAGCUUCUAGUGGCAACAGCAGAACACCUUCAGCCCCAUCCUGGUCAUCCAGAAAAGAACAAACUGUGUCCUUUAAAGCACAAGACCUUAUCUAUUUUGCUCCCCAAAGGAAACCUGCAAGAAGACACCACUGAGCUGAUCAUCUUCCAUCUUGCGUCUGUCACCUAUUGCUUAGGUGACCAGUGGUGGAACACAGAAUGUGAAUGGCAUUGCAUUUUAGGAUAUCAUCAGAGAGUUGCUUGAAAGGGGAAGAGGAGACUUGUACAUCAUGAGUCUGUGCUGUGCUUCUUUAAGAGUAUGCUGUAUAUUUUUUGGCUUUUCAUGGUGGCUGCCAACUGGCAAUGUGUAUAGAAGUGGCCUUUCCUUCUUUUUCUUGAGGCUUCUUCCAAUUGGUUGUUCUCUUCAGGUGUUGUUGUAGUUCCUUGCUUCAAAGCAGACAUAAUUGGUUUCCACUGUAUGUGCUAAUGUCACAAUGGUAAUGUUGAAUUACAAUAGCUCUUAUCUGCCUAGAAUUAUAUAGUAAAUAGAGCUUCCCCCACCCUUGAAUCAAAGCCGUGUUUUACUCAAUGAUCAGGCUACAGAACGGUAUGGUCCUGUAGAACACUGGGUCAUUAUAGUUGUAUCAUUGGAAAAGCUAUCUCGUCAUAAAAAAACCCCCAGUACAUUCUUGUGCCAAUUUUGUAGAUUACAUUGCACCUGUCUUUAUUUCUCAUGGUUUGUUUCCCAUUUCCUUGGGAGGUGAUCAUUUUCAAUAAACUGCAGUCAAGUCA